AUGGAGAACGUCACGACAGACGGAACGUGGGGGCCGCUAAGCACGUGGGAGAUACCGUCGAAUGACAGCAGCUACAGUUACUCCAUGUGGACCGACACGUCUGACCUCUGGACGGACGCCACCGACGUCCCGUCCACGGUGAACGUUACCACGACGGACGACUACGAGACGACUACCAUGGAGUGCACCAACGACUAUUGCAUCCCGGACGUCGAGUACUGGGAGAUGGUGUACCAACACAUCUACCCGAAGGACUACGAGUGGGGACUCAUAGCGAUGCACUCCGUGGUGUUCGUGGCGGGGCUGGUGGGGAACGCGCUGGUGUGCCUCGCCGUGUACCGCAACCACGCCAUGCGCACCGUCACCAACUACUUCAUCGUCAACCUCGCCGUCGCCGACUUCAUGGUGAUUCUCAUCUGCCUGCCCCCCACAGUGCUGUGGGACGUCACGGAGACCUGGUUCAUGGGCACUGGGCUCUGCAAGGUCAUCCUCUACCUGCAGGUAGGUGACCGCGAGCUACGGCUCUGA